UCACGCGCGGUCCCCGGGUGCCCGCGGCGGUGGCCGCAGCCCGGCCGCGUGACCCGCGCGCGCCAAUGGCCCGGCGGUCUCCGGGGCGACGCGGAGGGUCCGCGCUCCGCCGCCACUGCGCCCCCGCCCCGAGUCCGCACUGCAGAGAGUGGUGGCGAGCCGGCGCCGGCGCGCUGGCCCACGUGCCGCGCGGAGAGAGGGACAGGGGGAGGAAGAAGGAGAGGGAGUGCGAGAAAGCCACGGAAAGAGGGGCGCACGACCCGGCCGCUGCUCCGCGCAGCCCCUGCGGCGCCCCUCCUGCUGGGACUUCCACCGGGAAGGACCCCGACCCAGCGGAAGGCUGUGGAGACCCGGGCCGCUCUCGCCGAGUCCUAGACUCCCCCCGCCCCCAAUUCAUUUUCCCCCGCCCAGUACCACCCUGCUCUGCGUCGGGAACCGUUUCCUGCCCCUAGUAUCAGCCCCGCGCCAGCGGAAAUUGCGCGCGAUGGCGGUGACGAUGCUGCAGGACUGGUGCAGGUGGAUGGGCGUCCGCGCUCGAAGGGGUCUGCUCAUUCUGGGCAUCCCGGAGGACUGUGAUGAAGCCGAACUCCAAGAGUCCCUGGAGGCCGCCCUGUGGCCCAUGGGCCACUUUACCGUGCUGGGCAAAGUGUUUCGAGAGGAGGAUAAUGCCACUGCGGCCCUGGUCGAGCUUGACCGGGAAGUCAACUAUGCUUUGGUCCCCAGGGAAAUCCCGGGCACCGGGGGUCCCUGGAACGUGGUCUUUGUGCCCCGUUGCUCAGGCGAGGAGUUUCUCAGUCGCGUGUUCCACUUCCUGGAGCAACAGGGGCAGACGGUGGAGAGUGUGGCUGGAGCCCUGGGGCUGGGACUGCGCAGGGUGUGCUGGCUCCGAUUGGUCAGUCAGGCAGUCCGGCCCUGGGUGGAGACCAUGCGGUAUCCGCGCCUGGGCGUGUUUUCCGGGAGGGAUCAGCCCGCCCCGGGGGAGGAGUCCUUUGAGGCCUGGCUAGACCACACCACCGAUAUGCUACAUGUGUGGCAGGGGGUCUCAGAAAGGGAGAAGAGGAGGCGGCUGAUGGAAGGCCUUCGAGGGACCGCCCUGCAGCUCGUGCAUGGGCUCCUGGCGGAGAACCCUGCCAGGACAGCGCAGGACUGCCUGGCGGCCCUGAUCCAGGUGUUCGGAAACAACGAGUCCAAGGCGACCAUCCGGGUGAAGUGUUUGACCGCUCAGCAGCAGUCAGGCGAGCGGCUUUCUGCUUUCGUGUUGCGGCUGGAAGUCCUGCUGCAGAAAGCCAUGGAGAAGGGGGCCCUGGCCAGAGCCUCCGCUGAUCACGUGCGCCUGAGGCAGGUGCUCACCAGCGCCAAGCUCACUGAGCCUCUGGAUGAAGCGCUGAGGAAGCUGAGAACGGUUGGGAGGCCUCCAAGCUUCCUAGAGAUGCUGGGGCUUGUUCGCGAGUCUGAGGCAUGGGAGGCCAGUCUGGCCAGGAGCGAGAGAGCCCAGGCAGAGGAAGGGGCUGGUGCCCAGGCCAAUGCCAGAGCCAAUGCUAAGGCAGAGGAUGAUAAGGUGGAGGAGAGGGAGCAGGGGGAGCAGGAGCAGGAGGACAGUGACGAUCGUGACACUGUCCCUGCAGGCCUACAUCAAGUAAGACCCUCAGAGGCCCCUGGGGGCCCUACCCCUGCCCAGAUGGGCAGUGCUUCCAGGGCGGGCCCAGGAGGUCCUGGCUGUGAGCCAGAGGGCCUCGCCCAGGCAGGAGAGCAGGAGGCUGGGGAGCCCCCCGAGGAGGGGCUCGAGCCCAUCCCAGAGGAGUCAGGAAAAGAGGAUGGGGCGGGGGAGAUGAGCCCCCCCAAGUCCUCCUCAGGCAAAUAGGCUCAGAAGGCCCAGGGGCUCCCUCUCCUCUCAGGUAGCAGAGCUCCGGAGGCAGGGGGAGGCUAUGCCAGGGCAGCAGCCUCACCCCACAUGGGGAGCAGGGCCAAGAGAAGGGCCCACCCAGCCCAAGCCAGGCCCCCGGGCACUCCACCACCCUUAAGGGGACCUGAACACCACCAUCAGCCCUUCCAAGUGACCAAGAUGACCAUACUUGACACCAAAUGGGGUAGGGAAAGGUGUCUCCCCCACCCACACAGCACCACACCUAGCCCCAGCCCCAGCCCAUGCCAACUCGGGCAGCCAGCCUGGGAAACACCCCUGAGUGGCUGGCCCUAGCCUAGGUGAGGGGCACCUGAAGCCAUCUGCCACCCACACUGGACUGGGAGAUGUUAGGGGCCAUUUCAAAGGUGCCAGCCUCUUGGGUCUCCCAAGAGAGAGACCCUCAUUUACUUCCCCCGGGGCACGUUGCUCCAUGUUCCAGGAAGCCCGCUUGUGUCUCUGUAGGGCCCUUUGUGACCCACGUGUCCAGUUACUCCCCCUCCCCGCUAGUUACCAUUCCUGUGCAGAGCCUUGAGGUGUGCAGGAGCCCGUGGUGGGUGUCCUGGCCUACCAGGGCAGCCACCUCUCAGCCCGGGUGCAUACCAUGAGCUACAGUGGGAACCAAGGCUCUGCUCGCUCUCUUCCCGUGUUGUGAGCUCAACCUCUGCUUUCCCGGUGUAGAUUUAGGCCAGCCGCUGCUUGUUCUUGUGGAGAUGUGUGUGUGUUCUUAUCCGAGCAGCUGCCCGCACCCCACCCCGGAGUUCCAGAGCCCUGUUCCAGGAGAUGGCGGGAAGGAUGCCCCGAGGGCACGGCUGGUGCUCACCCCGUGACCUCAGGAAGGAAGAACCUGGACCAAUGAUAGAGGUGGCCAGCGGGAGUCUCCACGGGAACUGUGCUCUGAUGUGCCACCCUGUUGUUACUUGUGACUCUGUUUCCUUGGCUGGGCCGAGUGUCCCCUGCUGCGUUUUCCAGCGUCCUGGGACUGUCCUGUGCAGGCCACG